AGUCAGAUCCCUACACCACACGAAUACCCGUUUUCUAUUUCAUCAGUUUCCUUCAACCUCAAAUCCCUUUCUCUGAUUCUCAUUGUUUCAGCUUAAGUUUAGGCGAACGCUUCAAAUGGUAGUGAGUUUGAACCCCUGGCGUCUGAGUUUUUCUCAGCGACAUUUCAACAAACAGGUACCGGCCAGAAAUUUUCUAAGACAAAUUAAGAGACCUCAAAUACUUCCUUCGGCUUCUGGAGGUGCUUUUGGCUUAAGGGUGUUUGUAAUUUCCGACUUACACACUGACUACUCGGAGAACAUGAGAUGGGUCAAGAGUUUAUCUUCAACAAGACACAAGAAAGAUGUUCUUAUUGUUGCUGGUGACGUGGCUGAGACUUUCAACAACUUCAUUUUCACAAUGUCCCUCCUCAAGGAUCGAUUUCAACACGUGUUAUUUGUUCCUGGAAACCAUGAUCUUUGGUGUCGUUAUGAAGGGGUUGAUUAUCUUGAUUCUCUUGAAAAGCUGAAUAAAUUGCUUGAUGCAUGUAGAGGACUUGGAGUUGAGACCAAUCCGGUGGUAAUUGAUGGUGUGGGAAUCAUUCCUCUGUUUUCUUGGUACCAUGAGAGCUUUGAUAGAGAGAACGAUAUACCUGGCAUCCGUGUGAUGUCUUUGGAGAUGGCAUGUAAGGACUUUCAAGCCUGCAAAUGGCCUGAAGAUCUUUCAAACCGAGAUACCUCCCUUGCUUUGUACUUUGAUGCCAUGAAUGAAACAAAACUUGAUGUGAUCAAGGAGAUCCAGAGGACAUGUAGCCAAAUAAUCUCAUUUUCUCACUUUGUUCCAAGGCAAGAGCUAUGUCCAGAGAAGAGGAUGCUAUUCUAUCCAAACCUCCCCAAAAUUAUUGGCUCUGAUAGUCUUGAGGUUCGUAUAAGGUCAAUACAUGGGGUUGAAGGAGGGGUAUCUGCCUGCCAUGUCUUUGGUCACACCCACUUCUGUUGGGAUGCUGUGCUUGAUGGUAUCAGGUAUGUACAAGCACCGUUGGCUUACCCUAGAGAGAGGAAUAGAAGAAUGAAUGGAGGUGAGAAUUGGCUGCCAUUUCGUAUCUAUUCUGAUGGGAAGUAUGCUGAUAGACUCUCACCUUGUUACUGGUCUGAUUACUAUGCUUCUAACCCAAGAGCACCUCAUAACACUCAACUUGCUCCAUGGGUUGCCAAAUUUUAUAAACAAAUAUAGCUCACUAUACAACUACAAUUUAAGUAAAUUUGUAUAUGCCUUCUUUCUAUUUAUUUCUCUGUUGUAACAAUCUUGUCUACUCUCCAAACUCCCAGUUUGUUUUAUGGGAACUUUUGGAGAAACAAUGUCAUUCAUUCUUUGUAACUCUUUUUCA